AUGUCCUCCGCCGCCUCUCACAGCGGGGACGCCGCCGCCGCAGCCUCCUCCUCGCCUCCGCCCCGCCGGAAGGGGAACGGCGGCGCCAACGACACCUUCGUCGAGGACAUCAACAUCCCUCCCUCCGAAGCCCCUCGCCCUAACCCUAACCUUGGCUUGUUCUUCGCAACCAGCUGCCUCUCCACCUCCCCCGCCUCCUUCGUCCUCCGCAGCCGUGCCGAAGCCGACGCCUUCUUCCACUCCCCGAUAUCCCCCUUGCACCACCUGAGGUGCCUCCCCACCGGGCUCCUUCCUGAUCCCUUGCCAUAUAUUGAGCAGCGUAUUGACUACCUCCUCGCCCCCGGCACCAGCGGCGCCCCUGUCUACGUCGUCUUGGCAGGCGUGGUGCCCCCCCAUUACAGUGCCCCCUCCGAAGACGAAAUUGCCAGGUUGGCCGACCGGAUCAACCUCUGCGGUCGCUACCACGACACCUUCAUCACUUCGGCAGCCAGACGGGCCGUCGCCGCCCUCAGGGACGUCGAGAUCGACGCGGGGCCGCAAGGGGGACAGUCGUGCACAGUGUGCCAGGAGACCCUGGCGAUUGGGACUGUGGCGGCGAGCUUUCCGUGCACUCAUGUCUUCCACAGAAACUGCAUUGUCCCGUGGCUGCAGCAGCAGCACACCUGCCCGGUCUGCCGAUUCUCGCCGCUGAUGGAGGAGAUGAUCGGGCCGAGUCACAGCGUGUUUAGGGUCGUAAUCCCCCCGCCGUCGUUGGGUCUGGAUCUCAAUGAGCAUAUAGUCGUUAUGGAGGAAAAGAUGAGGGGCAAUCCUGAAAUUCCGCCACGCCGAUGGGCGUAA